GACAGACCCGAUGGCUCGAUUUCCUCGACAUACCACCGCCACCGGACCUUAUUUUCAUAAGCGCUGUACUUCUCGCAUCUGGGUACCCGGGUACGAAUUACUCCGUACCCUUCUAAUCCAGGAAUCCCACGACAACCCUACCUUAGGACAUUUCGGCGUCGAUAAAACCACGAAGAUGCUGCAGCGGAAUUAUUACUGGCCGAACAUGGCCGAUGACGUGCGCAAGCACGUGUCCUCCUGCACUGCCUGCCAGAUUAUGAAAUCGUCGCAUCUGCGAGCAGCCGGACUACUACAGCCGUUGGAUCCGCCCGAGCGACCCUGGCAACAAGUCACGAUGGACUACGUGACAGGACUGCCGGCCGGCCCCAGCGGAAACGACGCCAUCCUCGUGGUCGUUGACCGACUCACGAAAAUGGCGCACUUCAUCGCCUGCCAACAGACAAUCACAGCCGAACAAACCGCGCAGCUGUUCCUCACGAACGUCAUCCGACUGCAUGGCCUGCCCUCUGCCAUCAUUUCAGAUCGAGACCCGAAAUUCACGCGGCUGCGUAGCUACGGGCGAGCCGCGGCAGUGGUGGCAGCGGUGGCAGCGGUGGCAGCGGUGGCAGCGGUGGCAGCGGUGGCAGCGGUGGCAGCGGUGGCAGCGGUGGCAGCGGUGGCAGCGGUGGCAGCGGUGGCAGCGGUGGCAGCGGUGGCAGCGGUGGCAGCGGUGGCAGCGGUGGCAGCGGUGGCAGCGGUGGCAGCGGUGGCAGCGGUGGCAGCGGUGGCAGCGGUGGCAGCGGUGGCAGAAGUGGCAGCGGUGGCAGAAGUGGCAGAAGUGGCAGAAGUGGCAGAAGUGGCAGAAGUGGCAGAAGUGGCAGAAGUGGCAGAAGUGGCGUGAACCUGACGUGAAUCGAACACGCAACCUUC